AUGCCCGAGCAUGAUGGGCUCAUGAGGAUAUUUUGGCCCCUAGACAUACCCAAAUCCGACUCUCCUGGAGUAAUUGUGGGAUGGAGGAACUCAGGGCUGGAUGUUUUCGUCGUCGCAAUACUGGAGGAUGUCGACGCGCGGAGUGUAGAAAAUGCUCUGAAAGUCGGGACACUGUUUCGAAAUGCCGCGCACCCCAUCGCACGAAUACAUGAGCUGUGUGGGCAGUCAUCAAUGCAUGUCCUGGGACUUGCGAAUACGCCAGGAGUCGAAGUUGAGAACCUGCAGAUGCAUGCGACCACAGGAUCAAGUUCCAGGUCCCCUCACAUAUCCUGUGCACGGGCAUCCACAAUACAGAUUAUUGGAUUCGACAGACCCCUGCCACACCGAAUGCAGUACAUAUCGUUGAACCCGAUAUCUUUGGCCUUGGAUGACAAGUCUGAAGUUGCAACUCAUGCACCUGGGACUGUUGAUGCAGAGGAAGAACGAGAGGAGUUGAAGAACAGGAAGAGGGUGAAGGCCCUGGUCGAGAAGCUGAAGCUUCAUACCGUUGCCAAACAUGCUGCCUCGCCGAAAGAGCUUGCCCUUCCAAGAAUUGUGAAUCAGAUAAACUGUUCAUCUGAGCUCCACGCGCUUCUUCAAAAAAAUAUCUCGCUUGUUGGCAGGCGAUCUAGGCGAAGUUUGAGUGUAUCCGAACGCGUUGUUGAGUCUGCCACAACGAUGAAGGACUUCGUAGUCCUAGCAAUCUGGCAAAUGAUUACAGUCUAUCUCUACCCCAUAGUAAGGCGAGCUUUCAUAAUUGGGUUGUUGGGACAUCGCAUGGCUGCUGAGACUUUGCUGUUGGUCCUUGAGUGGAGAGCGAAACCGGAUUAUGCAGCCUUGAAGGAUAUUUCAGCUACAGCUCAGCAGGUGGAGAUCCGUUUACUCCAAUUUUCGUAUCUUCCGUUGCAAUAUGUCACAUUACGAGAGAGGAAGAGGGACUGGGAAAGUAUCACAGAUAGCCAUCCAGAUUACAUCAGAUUCUACAACUCAAUCUGGCUGGUAUGCAACGAUGUCAUCAUCGGCAUAGCUCUUGGAUCUUUUAUCAUAGACAACGCGACCUGGCUCGCGGAAGCCAUCUACGAGUUCCUCCGUCUGUACUCAGUCGACGCCCUUCAACGUACUAUUGACUGGCUCAUGUACUGGCCUGGAGGUUUGAAGCUGAACAACGAGCUUGCUACUUUUCUUGGUGACCUCUUUCUGGUAAGAAGACUCCUCCUUCUAUGUUUCGACAUGUACUGA